AUGUGUUCCACAAGACGACUAAAUCCCCAAACAUCGACAAAUUAUUUGAGUCAGGAUUUGAUGAGUAAUUACAAUCAAUUGAAAAUAAACUUUAGCAAUUGUAUUCUACGAUUUUUUGGUAAGAAACUUUUGUUGGUCUUGGCCUUAGUGGCUUACGUUAGUGCUGAUGUGUCGCACUUGUUUGCCAGCAGCAACAACUUGAAAGCUGAUGGUUAUCAUUACGAGCCACCCAAAAAACCUUUCACUGAUAAAAUUAUACGUGAGCCAGUUACAACACGAAAACCAACUCCACCCGGACCCACUGUGAGGGCUGUUCCUCCAGUCACCAAGAAGGAAGAUGGUUAUCAUUACGACAAGCCUUCUAAACCCUUCAACCCAGUAGUCAAACCAGGUCGUCCACUUGUGAUCGAGACCCCUAAGCCAAAAAUUGUGACCACCAAGCCUACCACUCCUAAGCCCGUCAACAGAGAAUACUUGCCUCCCGUUGUUAAGGCAGCUACUCCAGUUGUGCCAAAGACCACCCAGAAGCCAAAACCUGUUACCACCAAGGCCACCACUCCCAAACCUAAACCAGUCACCACCCAAAAACCCAAACCAGUAAUCACCAAGGCUACCACUCCCAAACCCAAGCCCGUCAACAGAGAAUACUUGCCUCCCGUUGUUAAACCAGCUCCUCCAGUUGUGCCAAAGACCACCCAGAAGCCAAAACCUGUUACCACCAAGGCCACCACUCCCAAACCUAAACCAGUCACCACCCAAAAACCCAAACCAGUAACCACCAAGGCUACCACUCCUAAACCCAAGCCCGUCAACAGAGAAUACUUGCCUCCCGUUGUUAAGGCAGCUACUCCAGUUGUGCCCAAGACCACCCAGAAGCCAAAACCUGUUACCACCAAGGCCACCACUCCCAAACCUAAACCAGUCACCACCCAAAAACCCAAACCAGUAACCACCAAGGCUACCACUCCUAAACCCAAGCCCGUCAACAGAGAAUACUUGCCUCCCGUUGUUAAGGCAGCUACUCCAGUUGUGCCCAAGACCACCCAGAAGCCAAAACCUGUUAUCACCAAGGCCACCACUCCCAAACCUAAACCAGUCAUCACCCAAAAACCCGUUACCACCCAAAAACCUAAACCCGUUAUCACCAAAGCUCCCACACCCAAACCCCAAACCAGAACUCCCGCUCCCACAUACUUGCCCCCCGUAGUCAAAGCCGGUCCCCCAGCCAAAAAACAGGAAGGCUACUUCUAUCCCAACAAUCCCCAACCAUCCUUCACUUUCUAA